UCUCUCUCUCUCUGCCUCUCCGUCGCUGCCUCCGGACCCUCGCUCUUCGGACGCCUCUCGCGGGAUGAUGGACGAUUUCCAGGGGAUCAGCGGAGGAGGAGGACGACGACAUCAGAGUCCGCUGCCAUAACAGAGCAGGAGCAGCGCCAGGGCAGGCCCAUGGGGAGGAAGCGGACCCCCAGGGCCGGAGCCCUGCUGCAGACCUCCUGCUUGCCCCUCCUGCUGCUGCUACCCCUGCUCCUCCUCCCUGGGGACGCUGCCCUGGGGACGCUGGACCUGCAGAUCGACGAGGAGCAGCCGGCGGGGACAGUGAUCGGGGACAUCAGUGCAGGGCUGCCCCCCGGGACGGCCAGCUACAUGUACUUCAUCUCGGCCCAGGAAGGCAGUGGCGUGUCCACCGACCUGGACAUCGAUGAGAACACGGGCAUCGUCAAGACGGCCCGAGUGCUGGACCGCGAGAGCCGCCCCCACUACAGCUUCAUCGCCGUCACCCCCGAGGGGGCCACCGUGGAGGUGCGGGUGCAGGUGCUGGACAUCAACGACCACGCACCCGCCUUCCCCCGACCCCACGGUGCCCUACGGGUCCCAGAGAACACCCCCUCAGGGAGCCGCUUCCCGCUGGAGCCGGCCUUCGACGCGGACGGCGGGGCACUGGGCACCCAGGGUUACCUGCUCAAGGGUGAUGGGGCCGGCAAGGCCUUCCGGCUGGAGACCCGGCGCAGCCCUGAGGGCGCCCUGCAACCGGAGCUGGUGGUGGCAGGGGCACUGGACCGGGAAACCCGGGCACGCUAUAUGCUCCACCUGGAGGCCUUUGACGGUGGGUCACCCCCUCGCAGCUCCCAGAUGGCAUUGGAGGUGCAGGUGGAGGAUGUCAACGACAACGCCCCGGCGUUCAACCAAAGCCGCUAUCAGGCCCUGAUCCCGGAGAACCUGCAGCCCGGGAGCAGCGUCCUGCGGGUCUUCGCCUCUGAUGCAGACGAAGGGGAGAACGGCGCUGUGGUGUUCGAGAUCAACCGUAGGCAGAGUGACCCCGAACGGUACUUCGCCAUCGACGCCGCCACGGGAGUCAUCCGGCUCAACCGAGGCCUGGACUAUGAGCUGCGGAAGGUGCAUGAGCUGGUGGUGCAGGCGCGGGACCGGGCCCUGCACCCUGAGGUCUCCACGGCCUUUGUCACCAUCCAGGUGCGGGACUACAAUGACAACCAGCCCACCAUGACCAUCAUUUUCCUCAGUGAGGACGGCUCCCCGCGUGUCUCGGAGGGGGCCCAGCCAGGGCAGUUUGUGGCCCGCAUCUCUGUCUCAGACCCGGACUAUGGGGAGUACGCCAACGUCAACGUCUCCUUGGAGGGCGGUGAGGGCAAGUUCGCGCUCACCACCAAGGACAGCAUCAUCUACCUGAUCUGCGUGGACCAGAUGCUGGACCGGGAGGAGCGGGAUGCCUACUCGCUGCGAGUCACAGCCACCGAUGCCGGGACGCCACCCCUGCGGGCCGAGUCGGCCUUUGUGCUGCGGGUGACCGAUGUCAAUGACAACCCCCCUUUGUUCGACACCCAGGAGUACGAGCAGAGUGUCCCCGAGGUGGUCUACCCUGGGAGCUUCGUGCUGCAGGUGACGGCGCGCGACAAGGACCAGGGCCCCAACGGGGAGGUCCGCUACAGCCUCCUGCACACCCAGGAGACCCAUUCACACUGGUUCGCCAUCGAUGCUGCCACCGGCAUCAUCACCACUGCCUCGGCCCUGGACUAUGAGGUGGACCCCCAGCCCCAGCUGACAGUGCUGGCCACGGACCGGGGGACACCCCCGCUCUCCUCCACGGCCCUGGUCCGGGUGGCCCUGCAGGAUGUCAACGACAAUGAGCCCCUCUUCGAGAGCAGCUUCUACAACGUCUCCCUCAAGGAGGACACCCUCCCCGGCACCUGCUUCCUCCAGAUCACGGCCACAGACGCCGACAGCGGCUCCCUGGGCUCCCUGUCCUACUCGCUGGGCACCGGCCUGGGCACCGCGGCCCCGUCUGCCUUCGUCCUGGGGGAAGAGAGCGGCCAGCUCUGCACGGCAAGGGAUCUGGACCGCGACGAGGGCACCUCCGCCUACGACUUCACCGUCACGGCCAUCGACGGGGGCGGCCUGAGCUCCAUGGCCUACGUCCGGGUGUUCCUGGAGGACGUCAACGACAACGCGCCCGCCUUCUACCCGCUGGAGUACGCCACCAGCAUCAGCACCCAGAGCCAGCCGGGGUCCGCCGUCCUGCGCGUCACGGCCCACGACAAGGACGAGGGGCUCCACGGGAGGGUCACCUACCACCUGGCUGCCGGCAACACGCCGCCCCUCUUCAUCAUGAACCCCGACACUGGGGCCAUUUCCCUCCUGCGGAGCCUGGCCGGCAAGGCCAAUACGCUGGUGCAGCUGGAGAUCGGGGCGCGGGACGGAGGGGGCCUGGCCGCCCAGCCCAAUGCCCAGGCCAACAUCAGCAUCGUGGCCGGGACCGUCUCCGCCCCCAGCUUUGAGCGCGCCCAGUACUACUUCUCCGUCCCCGAGGACACCCGGCCGGGCAGCAGCAUCGGGGGCGUUUACGCCCACAGCCCCUCAGGCCACGCAGGAGGCGUCUUCUACUCCAUCUCCUCGGGAGACCCGCAAGGCUUCUUCUCCAUCGACCCACGCUCCGGGGAGCUCCACACAAGCCGUGCCCUGGACCACGAGGCGCAGCCGGUCCUGACCCUGGACGUCCAGGCUCGCAGUGGCUCCCCUCCGGCAUACAGCAGUGCCCGGGUGCAGAUCAGCAUUUCGGAUGUCAACGACAACGCGCCCGCCUUCCCCGCACCUUCCGACUCGGUGCUGCUUCCUCUGGGGGCCGCCCUGGGGACGGUGGUCUACACGGUGCAGGCGGAGGACAGGGACAGCGGCCCCAACGGUCACGUCCACUUCGAGCUGGUGCCCAAUGGGGUGGGAGCAGCGUCCGCCUUCGCGGUGGAGCGUUCCUCGGGGAAGGUGAGGCUGGCGGGGCCCUUGGCGAGGGAGGCCGGAUCGCCCCACAAGCUGCUCAUCCUGGCCCAAGAUGGAGGCAUCCCCCGGCUCAGCUCCACCUUCACCCUCCUCGUCCACGUCCGGGCGGAGGAUGACCACGGCCCCGUCUUCGACACGCUCACUUACCGGGUGGAGGUGCGGGAAGGGGUGCCGGUGGGCACUCACUUCCUGCAGGUUCGUGCGCUGGCGCAGGAGUCGGGCCCCCCACUCACCUAUCACUUACGUGCCGACGGGGACGCCUCCAGCUUUGGCAUCGCGCCGGACACGGGCUGGCUGCACGUGCGCAGCGCCCUCGACCGGGAGGUGCAGGAGCUGUACGUGCUGAUGGUGCUGGCUGUGGUGGGCGAGGGCGAGGGGCGCCAGACGGGCAGCAGCACAGUGCGCGUCACCGUCACCGACGAGAACGACAACAGCCCCCGGCUCAGCGAGGAGCGCUACUUCUUCACCGUGGCUGAGAACCGGCCGGCCGGCAGCAGCAUGGGCCGAGUGGCGGCCAGUGACAGGGACGCCGGGCAGAACAGCCGCCUCACCUUCCGCCUGAUGCCGCUCCCGGAGGGCAGCUUCCUGAUCCACACGCAGACCGGAGAGCUCAGCAUCGGGAAGAGCUUGGACCGGGAACAGCAAGCCAGCUACCAGCUGCAGGUCCUGGUGCAGGACGGGGGGACGCCGCCACGUAGCGCCACGGGCACCAUCUACAUUACCGUGCUGGAUGAGAAUGACAACACGCCAAGCUUCCUGCAUGUGGCCGAGGGGCGGGAGCUUCUGGUGCAGGUCCCAGAGGAGAAGCCAGCAGGGCUACUGGUAGCCUCCUUGCAGGCGAAGGACCCUGACGAGGGCGAGAACGGAACCAUCUCCUACUCCUUGGCAGGUACCUGGGCCGAGCGCUUCUUCCUCCAUGCGGCCACCGGGGAGCUACGCACAGCCACCAAGCUCCGUCAGGCUGACCGAGGGGAAUACAUUUUCACGGUGACCGCAAGCGACCGGGGCAUGAACUCUCGCAGCGCAACGGCGGUCGUGCGCAUCCAGGUGGUCUCCUCAGGACGUGGGCUUCCUCGGCCGGACUCCGUGGUGCUGACCCUGCAGCCCACCGAGGGGCUCCCGCCCGGCUCCAUCAUUGGCUCCGUAGCCACGGCAGAACCGGUUCCCCGUGGGCCAGCCACUUACAUGCUGGUGGGGAGCAGCCAUGGGGCCGGGGUCUUCACUGUGGACGCAGAGACGGGGGAGAUCUAUGUGACGCAGGAGCUGGACUACGAGGCCGGCACGAGGCACACCCUGCAAGUGAGCGUGGAGGACGCCGCACAGGGCUACCCGAGCCAGCGCCUGGUGCUGGUCGAGAUCCACGUCCAGGACCGCAACGACCACGCGCCCGCCUGGCCGCAGGACCCCGUCACAGUGGUAGUGUCCGAGAGCGCGGCCCCCGGCUUCUCCCUCUUCACGUUCCAGGCGCUGGACAAGGACGGUCCGGGCCCCAACAGCCAGCUGCGCUACAGCCUCUUGCGCCAGGAGGCCGCCCUCCCGCCCUUCCAGCUGGACCCUCGCAGCGGGGAGCUGAGCCUGCAGGGCCCGCUGGACCGGGAGACCCAGGCCGCCUUCCUGCUGGUGGUCCAGGCCACGGACCAGGCCCUCAACGCCAGCCAGCGCCGCUCGGCAGCCGUGACGGCGCACGUCUUCGUCACGGACGAGAACGACAACGCGCCCGAGUUCCUCUCCCCCGCAAAGGCCGACGUCCCUGAAGACCAGCCAACUGGCUUCCUGGUGCUGCAGGUGGUGGCCAGGGACCGGGACUUGGGCGAGAACGGCCGGGUCAGCUACGCCCUGCGUGCCGGGAACGCCAAGGGCCGCUUCCACCUCAACCCUGGGACAGGGGUGCUGUCCAUUGUGCGGCCGCUGGACCGGGAGGAGGUGUCCCGGCACAACCUGACGGUGGUGGCCACGGACCACGGAUCCCCUCGGCGCUCGGCCACGCAGCUGCUCUCGGUGCAUGUGCUGGACGUGAACGACGAGGCGCCGGCCUUUGAGCGGAACAGCUACGAGGCCCGGGUGGCCGAGAACCGGCCCUCGGGGGUCCCUGUCCUGCAGCUGCACGCCACGGAUCGCGACCUGGGAACCAAUGGGGAGGUGUUGUAUGGGGGGAUCUCUGGGGCGGACUUCUCCAUCGACCCCCAAACAGGCCUGAUCAGCACCCUCCGCUCUCUGGACCACGAGGAACGGGCAGAGCACCUGCUGACCGUGUAUGCUCAGGACAAGGGGCUCCCCCCGCGCCAGUCCAGGGCCACCGUGCGUGUGCUGGUGACUGACGAGAACGACCACGCGCCCACCUUCCCCAGUGAGACGUACUCCUUGGAGGUGCCGGAGAACCAGGACCACGUGGAGCUGCUCACUGUGCGUGCCACGGACCACGAUGUGGGGGAGAACGGCCGUCUGGCUUACCACCUGGCAGCUGGAGACCCCGAGGAAGAUUUCGUCCUGGACCCCGUCUCGGGCAAGCUGUCUGUGGCACGAGGCCUGGACCGGGAACGAGCGGCCAGUUACGCACUGGGAGUCCGCGCCUGUGACCACGGCCCCUCUCCACGCUGCGCCAGCAUGAUGGUCAACGUGCGGGUGCUGGACCUCAACGACAACCCGCCCGCCUUUGCACAGGAAACCUAUGCUGCCGAGGUGCCUGAGGAUCUUCCCGUGGGAGCCCUGGUGCUGCAGCUGGAGGCCACCGACCCGGACGAGGGUUCCAACGGCCACGUGUCCUACUUCCUGGCGAACGAGUCCCUGGGCAUGUUCGAGGUGGAGCCGCAGACGGGGCGCCUCACCAGCAGGCAGCGGCUGGACCGGGAGCGCAGGGCCACCUACAGCUUCCUGGCUCUGGCCGUGGACUCCUCCCCGCUGACCCCCCGCAGCGCCAUGGCACGCAUCUCCAUCACCGUCCAGGACGUCAAUGACCACGCGCCCACCUUCCCGCUCAGCCCUCUGGCUGUGACGCUGCCCCGCGACACGCCAUCCAGGCGAGCCGUGGCCACUCUGCGGGCCGAGGACCUCGACGCCGGGGCCAACGCCUCCAUCCUGUACCGCUUCGCCAGCCCCGCCCCGGCCUUCUCCAUCAACACCUACACGGGGGCCAUUGAGCUGCUGCAGCCCCUGGCCGCCCUCAACCAGCGGCAGCGCACCUUGUUCAUACUGGCCAGCGACCUGGGCCAGCCGCCGCGCUCCUCCACCGGCGUGGUCACGAUCCACCUGCAAGGGGAGGGCUCCCGGGGGGUGCGCUUCCCUCGGAGUACCAGCGAGGUAGCCCUGCCCGAGAACGCCGCUCCAGGGACCACCGUGGUCAACGUCCCGGCCGCACACAGCACGGGCUCCUCCGGUCGCAUCUCCUACAGCAUCGUCAGUGGGAACGAGAAGGGCGCCUUCCGCAUCCAGCCCAGCUCAGGCCUGGUGACCGUCCGCAACUCCUCCUGCCUGGACUUUGAGCAGGGCCCCCGGUUGCGCCUGGUGCUGCAGGCCGAGUCCUCCUCCUCCUCCUCCUUCGGCUUCAUGGCCGUCAUCGUCAACCUGCAAGACCUCAACGACAACGCUCCCCGCUUCCAGCUCCAGAACUACAUCGCUUUCAUCUGGGAGGCCCAGGGAUACGACUCGCCUGUCAUCCAGGUGAUGGCAGACGACUUGGACCAGGGCCCCAAUGGGCAGGUGACCUACACGAUUGACCAGACACUGCCCAUGAAUGGACUGUUCCACAUUCAUGCCCAGACAGGGGCCAUCACAACGGCAGCCAUCCUGGACAGGGAGAUUUGGGCCCAAACCCGGCUGGUGCUGACCGCGACGGACAGAGGGACCCCCCCGCUGGUGGGCUCAGCCACACUGACCGUGGUGGUGAUGGACAUCAACGACAACAGCCCCACCAUCCCGGUGCCGUGGGAGGUGCGGGUGCCUGAGAAUGCCUUGCUGGGCUCCGAAAUCACCAUGGUGACUGGGAACGAUGUGGACUGUGGGCCGCAGCUGUCCUACGUGCUCUCGCUGGAGAGCAGCACCACCGGGACCUUCGGCAUCCUCCGCUACAGCGGCCGAAUCACCCUGACGGCCCCCCUGGACUACGAGCAGCACAGCCGCUACAGCCUGACCAUCCGCACUUCGGACUUGCAGCACGAGACAGAGGCCAACCUCACGGUGCUGGUGGAGGAUGUGAACGACAACGCCCCCGCCUUCAGCCAGCCCCUGUAUCAGGUGCUGCUGCCAGAACACACUCCAGUGGGAACCUCCAUCCUGAGCCUCAGCGCCACAGACCUCGACUCCGGCACCAAUGGGGAGGUCACCUACCGACUGGCCACGCCAAGCCACGCUGUCUCCAUCCACGCCAGCAAUGGCACUCUAUUCACUACUCAGCCCCUGCGAUUGGAGCCACGGCACUCCACGCUGGACAUCCGGGUCGAGGCCCGAGACCGAGGCCAGCCCAGCCUCUCCUCCUGGGCCACUGUCCAAAUCCAAGUGCUGGACCUGAAUGACCACGGCCCACAGUUCCUGAAGCCACAAUACAACUCCAGUGUGCCUGAGGACCUGCGCCCCGGCACCACUCUGCUCACCCUGGAAGCCACCGAUGCAGACAUAGCACGGGACAACGCUGCCUUGGAUUACACCAUAGUCAGUGGGAAUAGCGGCCAUGCCUUCCAGUUGGAGGGCCGGGCCGGAGGGGCCAGCGCCUUGGUCCUGGUCGAGCCCCUCGACUUUGAGGCCGUGGCUCUCUACAACCUGACAGUGGCUGCGUCCGACCGAGGUGUGCCACAGCGCAGUGCCCUAGUGCCCGUUCUCCUUGGCAUUCUAGAUGUCAAUGACAACCCGCCGGCCUUUGGCCGCUCUGCCUACCACACUGCGGUGAGCGAGACAGCCGCUCCGGGCACAGAGCUCCUGCGUGUGGCAGCCCACGACCCAGACUCUGGCCCCCAUGGCCAGGUGCAUUACAGUGUCAGUUCCGGCGACCCCGGGGGGCUCUUCCACCUCCACCCAUCUACCGGGGCACUGCGACUGACUGAGGCACUGGAUUGCGAGGUCCAGAACCAGCACACACUGGUUGUUCAGGCCUCAGAUGGGGCGAGCGGGCACUUUGCUUUGGCCUCUGUGACCGUUGAGGUGAAAGACGUGAAUGACAACCUCCCCUAUUUCCCGCUUGAGGUCCUGACGGCCAGCGUGAGGGAGAACCAGCCCCCCGGGAGCCUGGUCACCAGGGUGCGUGCCGUGGAUGCGGACGUGGGCGCCUUCGGGGUGCUGCGCUACACCCUGCUCCCCACCCAGGGCUGGCAGGCCUUUGCCCUCAACAGCACCUCCGGGGAGCUGAGUGCCCGCCUCCCUUUCGACUACGAGCGCAGCAAGUCCUCACAGCUGCUGGUACAGGCCACGGACGCAGGCAACGCCUCGGCCACUGCCACCGUGCGUGUCCUGGUGACAGGGGAGGAUGAGUACGACCCCGUCUUCCUCCGCCCCACCUUCAGCUUUGAGAUCCCAGAGGGGGCACGCAGGGGGCAGAGCAUUGGGCAGGUGAUGGCCACCGAUGAGGAUGAGGGUCCUGACGGGGUGGUCCUCUACACGCUAACCAAGCCUUCCCCUUUCUUUGGGGUCAACCGGACCAGCGGCACCAUCUACCUGCGCAUGGACAGCCAGGGCCCUUCCGGCGGGGCCCCCAAGCGGGAGCCGCGGGAGCUGGUGUUGGAAGUCCAGGCCCAUGGGCCUCUGCCGGCCUCACGCUCAGCUUCCACCCGAGUGACCAUUGAUGUCACCCACACCGCCUUCGGCCUGGCCACCGACCUCAACCUGCUGCUGGUAGUUGCCGUGGCCGCCUCCCUGGGAGUGGUGGUGGUGCUGGCCGCAGUGGCCAUUGUGCUGGUUCUUGUCCGUUCUCGGCAAGGCCGUGGCGGUGGCCGCAAGGAGAUGGGGGAUCCGGCACACUUGCAGAGCGGCUCUAUGCAGAAGUUACGCCGUGGGGAUCCUGUGCUGCCGGGGGGAGACUGCCUCUACCACGAGGCCCUGCCUGGCUACGGCACAGACCCCUCCGGCCCUUACACUACCCGGGGGGGCUCCCUGGACCCCUCCCACUCAAGUGGACGGGGCUCAGCAGAGGCAGCGGAAGAUGACGAGAUCCGGAUGAUCAACGAGUGUCCCCGCAUGUCCAGUGUUACCUCCUCCCUGCAGGAACACAUGGCCGCCCGUGGGCCAGACUCCGGCAUCCAGACCGACGCUGACCGCCUUUCGGACGUCUCCUGCGAGCCUGCCACCCUGGACGCCAGCCACUGGUUCAAGAGCCGGAAGGGGCCGGGCCUGCUGCUGCCCGGGCAGUCCACGCAGCUCUACCGGGAUGAGAGAGGCGGUGGCAGCGGCGGCCCCUACUUGGGCUCCGGCGGCUGCGGACUGAGCGUCUCCUCCUCCGGCAGCGGCGUCAAGGACUACGCCUUCCCUGAGGACGGGAAGCCCUGCGUGGACGGCUCCCUGACGGCCAUUGUGGCCAGCGAUGAGGAGCUGCGCGGCAGCUACAACUGGGACUACCUCCUCAACUGGUGCCCCCAGUUCCAGCCUCUGGCCAGCGUCUUCACAGAGAUCGCCCGCUUGAAGGACGAGAGCUCCCUGCGGAAGCCCUUCCCCGCCAAGCCCAAGCCCCGCAUCGACCCACCGCCUCUCAUCACCUCCGUGGCGCACCCGGGGGCCAAGUCGGUGCCACCCAAGCCGGCCGUGGGGCGCGCCUUCCCACACCUGGCGGCCGCACUGCGCCGCUCACCCCUCAGCCACGAGGGCUCCCUCUCCUCCUCGGCCGCCAUGUCCCCCAGCUUCUCCCCCUCCCUCUCCCCACUGGCCGCCCGCUCCCCCAUGGUCUCGCCCUUCGGCGUCUCCCAAGGGCCCUCCGCCUCCACCAUCACCACCGAAGCCGUGGCCACGGCCAACGAGGAGGGGGAGCUCCGCAUCUAGCGGGACCGCCGUACGCCAGUGCCCCCUCCAUCUGUUGAACCAUGGGGGGCAAGAGGACCCUUUUGGGGAACAUUGGGGGGUCAGUUUGAGGGGUGUGGCCCCUCGUCCAUUCCCUUCCCUGGAGGCCGUCAUUCCCGGACUGAAGCGGGGCUGAGGGUCCGGGGGAAAGGCUGGCCGGGCCUGGCACCAGCUGUCCCCAUCCCCGUGUCCCCCCCCCCCACAAGCACAGAGGGGGCGGCCCCUCCUCACACCAGGCCUUGCUGCCUCCCAAAGAGGGAGGGGGGCUACCGUGCACCCCACACACACACUCACAUACACAGUGUCACCCCCGGUGGGCAGCCUGCCUUCUUCUGGGGCAGAUCUUGGGGGUCCCUAUUGCAAGGGACCCCAUCCGCAUGGAUAGCCUCAGCAAGGGUAUGGGGCUGGUUUCCCAGUGGCCCCAAGGCCCCCACUCACUUUGCUCGCUCACUCUGGCAUCGCGCACACACAUGCACACACGAAGCGCCCCAUGUGGUGUCAUGGCCGCCCUGGAGAGAGACCCUGGCCCUCUUCUUCCCAGAAUCCCCCUCUGCGUCAGGGCCUGGCCAUCCUCCCCAGAAGACCCCCCCCCCCAAUUCCCCAUCCUUUGUGCAAUAAGCGGGCCCAGCAGACGGGCCGCAGGGGGUGGCGGUGGUUCCUGGUACUCACUAUAGCAAUAAUAAAAGAAGUGGGUUGCGGUGAGUUUUCCGGGUUGCCUGGCCAUGUUCCAGAAGCAUUCUCUCCUGACAUUUCACCCACAUCUAUGGCAGGCAUCCUCAGCGGUUGUGAGGUCUGUUGGAAACUAGGCAAGUGGGGUUUAUAUAUCUGUGGAAUAAUGUCCAGGGUGGGAGGAAGAACCCUUAUCUAUUUGAGGCAACUGUGAUUGUUGCAACUGACUACCUUACUUAGCAUUUAAUGGCCUUGCAGCUUCAAGGUCUGGUGCUUACUGCCUGGAGGAAUCCUUUGUUGGGAGGUGUUAGCUGGCCCUGAUUUAUUUCUGUCUGGAAUUCCCCUGUUUUCAGAGUGUUGCUCUUUGUUUAUCGUCUUGAUUUUAUAAUUUUUUUAAAUUCCUGGAGCCAGAUUGUGUUCAUGUUCAUGGUUUCGUUCUUUCUGUUGAAAUUGUCCACCUGCUUCUUGUGGAUCUCCAUGGCUUCUCUGUGUAGUCUGACAUGCUGGUUGCGAGAGCAUUUCUGUGUCCUCAAAUAAUAUGCUGUGUCCAGGUAUGUUCAUCAGGUGCUCUGCUAUGGCUGACUUCUCUGGUUGAAGUCAUCUACAGUGCCUUUCGUCUUUCUUGAUUCAUCUUUUGGGCAAUGCUGCUGCGUUUGGGGGUCCCUCUGUAGACUUGUGCACAGCUGCAUGGGAUUCGGUGGUAAUAAUAAUAAUAAUAAUAAUAAUAAUAUUUUCCGUGUCAGGAGCUUCUGGAGUGAGAGAAUUGGCCGUCUGCAAGGACGUUGCCCAGGGGACGUUGCUCGGAUGUUUUGAUGUUUACCAUCCUUGUGGGAGGCUUCUCUCAUGUCUCUGCAUGGAGCUGGAGCUGACAGAGGGAGCUCAUCCGCGCUCUCCCCGGGUGGGAUUCGAACCUGGCAGCCUUCAGGUCAGCAACACAACCUUCAAGUCACAAGGCUUUUAUCCCCUAGGCUACUGGAAGCUCCAUAAUAAUAAUAAUAAUAAUAAUAAUAAUAAUAAUAAUAAUAAUAAUAAUAACAACUUUAUUUUUAUACCCCGUCUCCAUCUCCCCAAGGGGACUCGGGGCAGCUUACAUGGGGCCAAGCCCAGAUAGUCACAAACAGUGCAAAAGACACGACAAUAUAAAAAAAAAUCUAUAAAACAUAUUAAAAUCACAUAUACAAUCACAUAAAACAUAGUAAAAUAAAAACCUGAGAAACUCAUAAAAUGAACUGGGCCAGAAAAAAGCGCAUAUACAGUAGAGUCUCACUUAUCCAAACUAAACUGGCCGGCAGAAGCUUGGAUAAGUGAACAUCUUGGAUAAUAAGGAAGGAUUAAGGAAAAGCCUAUUAAACGUCAAAUUCGGUUAUGAUUUUACAAAUGAAGCACCAAAACAUGUUAUACAACAAAUUUGACAGAAAAAGUAGUUCAAUACGCAGUAAUGUUAUGUUGUAAUUUACGAAUUUAGCACCAAAAUAUCAUGAUGUAUUGAAAACAUUGACUACAAAAAUGGCUUGGAUAAUCCAGAAGCUUAGAUAAGCGAGUCUUGGAUAAGUGAGACUCUACUGUAGUAGGAAUAUAAACUGAAGGAGAGGUAAAUAACCCGGGACUAUUACAGUAGAGUCUCACUUAUCCAAGCUAAACUGGCCGGCAAAAGCUUGGAUAAGUUAACAUCUUGGAUAAUAAGGAAGGAUUAAGGAAAAGCCUAUUAAACGUCAAAUUAGGUUAUGAUUUUACAAAUUAAGCACCGAAACAUCAUGUUAUACAACAAAUUUGACAGAAAAAGUAGUUCAAUACACAGUAAUGUUAUGUUGUAAUUACUGUAUUUAUGAAUUUAGCACCAAAAUAUCAUGAUGUAUUGAAAACAUUGACUACAAAAAUGGCUUGGAUAAUCCAGAAGCUUGGAUAAGCGAGUCUUGGAUAAGUGAGACUCUACUGUAGUAGGAAUAUAAACUGAAGGAGAGGUAAAUAACCCGGGACUAUUAUAUGGAAAGGGCUUGGGAUGAGGUAAACAUCAAAACUAUUCCAACUAAGGAAUGGAAUAAAGUGCAGUGGAGAUGCUGUCAAUCAAUGGAACAACCCUAAGCAUAAGGGCGAGAAUGGUCACUCUCCAAAGGCCAAGUUUUUAGGCUCUUCCUAAAUAUUUGAAUAUCUGCAGAAGUAGGUGGAUCCCUCUUGUCCUUCCCUGAACGGAGCAUUUGUUGGAUUUUCUUGGUGGGUCUGAAGAUAGUUUGUAGGUUGUGUUUCUUUCUCAGAUUCCCAAUGUGGUCAGUGGCUCCCUUGAUGUCUGGCAAGAACACUUUCCCUCCGGGUGGAUCUUUGUCUUGCUCUCGUGACUUAUUAUUAUUAUUAUUAUUAUUAUUAUUAUUAUUAUUAUUAUUAUUAUUAUUGACACAACGACAUUGAAUGGCACAGCAAACAAGAUAGAUAUGCUGGAUUUCGUUUUGCAAAAUCACAAGUCGAACACUUCCCAAGUGUCUAGGACUGUGUGAUGUAUUUUCUGAUGAUGCAUGCAGAUCCCAGUAAGGUGGCCUUUUGCAGUUGGCAGAUCGUAAUUUUGUCAAUGUCUAUUGUCUCCAAAUGCCGGCUGAGAUCUUUUGGCACGGCACCCAAUGUGCCCAUCACCACCGGGACCACCUGUACUGGUUUCUGCCAGAGUCUUUGAAGUUCAAUCUUGAUGUCCUGAGAGCGGCUGAGUUUUUCCUGUUGUUUUUCGUCAAUGCAACUGUCACCUGGGAUGGCGACAUCAAUGAUCCAAACCUUGUUCUUUUCCACAACUGUGAUGUCUGGUGUGUUGUGUUCCAGAACUUUGUCAGUCUGGAUUCGGAAGUCCCACAGUAUCUUUGCGUGCUCAUUUUCCACAACCUUUGCAGGUUUGUGAUCCCACCAGUUCUUAACUGCAGGGAGGUGGUACUUGAGGCAUAAGUUCCAAUGAAUCAUUUGGGCCACAUAGUUGUGCCUCUGUUUGUAGUCUGUCUGUGCGAUUUUCUUACAGCAGCUGAGGAGAUGAUCCAUGGUUUCGUCGGUUUCCUUGCACAGUCUGCAUUUUGGUUCAUCAGCUGAUUUUUCUAUCUUGGCCUGAAUUGCGUUUGUUCUGAUGUCUUGCUCCUGGGCUGCAAGGAUCAGGCCUUCUGUCUCCUUCUUCAGGGUCCCAUUCGUGAGCCAGAGCCAGGUCUUCUAUUAUUAUUAUUAUUAUUAUUAUUAUUAUUAUUAUUAUUAUUAUUAAUGGCCUUUGUCCUGAUGUCUUGCUCCUGGGCUGCAAGGAUCAGGCCUUCUGCCUCCUUCUUCAGGGUCCCAUUCGUGAGCCAGAGCCAGGUCUUCUAUUAUUAUUAUUAUUAUUAUUAUUAUUAUUAUUAUUAUUAUUAUUAUUAUUAAUGGCCUUUGUCCUGAUGUCUUGCUCCUGGGCUGCAAGGAUCAGGCCUUCUGUCUCCUUCUUCAGGGUCCCAUUCAUGAGCCAGAGCCAGGUCUUCUCCUGAUCAGCUUUUCCUUCAAUUUUGUCAAGGAACUUUCCAUGCAGUGUUUUGUUGUGCCAGCUGUCAGCUCUAGUUUGUAGUGCGGUUUUCUUGUACUGGUUUUUUGUCUGCUGUGCUUUGAGGAGUUAUUAUUAUUAUUAUUAUUAUAACUCUAAAAUCAGGACAGUAAAUAAAGAACAACGCUCAGAAAACAGGGGAAUUCCAGACAUUUGUGUGUGUGUUUGUGUGUGUGUCAGGAGCAACCAGAGUUGCUUCUGGAGUGAGAGAAUUGGCCGUCUGCAAGGACGUUGCCCAGGGGACGUUGCCCGGAUGUUUUGAUGUUUUUUACCAUCCUUGUGGGAGGCUUCUCUCAUGUCCCCGCAUGGAGCUGGAGCUGACAGAGGGAGCUCAUCCGCGCUCUCCCCGGGUGGGAUUCGAACCUGGCAGCCUUCAGGUCAGCAGCCCAAGCUUCAAGUCACGAGGCUUUUAUCCCCUAGGCCACCGGAGGCGCCUAUUCCAGACAUGAAUCAAUCAUGGCCAGCUAACACCUCCCAACAAAGGAUUCCCCCAGGCAGGAAUCAGCCAGGCCAUAAUCAUAAUAAUAAUAAUAAUAAUAAUUUUAUUUUUGUACCCCGCCACCAUCUCCCCAGAGGGACUCGGGGCGGCUUACAAGUUAUAAAACCAGCAUACAGUAUACAGUUUUACAAAAACACACAAAUACACACACACUGGCAAGGCCAUUAAUGGCAAUCAAGGUGAUUGAUUGGAACAUUCACACCUGCCUCCACCAGGCAAGAGUUCUUUCUUUCUCCCAUCCUGGGCCUGCCACAGAUAUAUAUAUAUAUAUAUAACCCCCCCACCCUCCCCACUUGCCUCCUUUCCAAAAGACCCCUCAACGUCUGAGGAUGCCUGCCAUAGGUGUGGGUGAAACGUCAGGAGAGAAUGCUUCUGGAACAGGGCCAGACAGCUGGGCAAACUCACAGCAGCCCAGCCCUGUUAUGAUGGACAGGACGAGGGAGAGAAGGGGGGGGGGGAGGGAGAGAGAGAGAGAGAGAGAGCAAGAAGGGGGCGUGGCAAGGCGAGCCCCUCCCUCCCAGCGCUCAGGUGAAGCAGCAAGGCCUGCCCUCUGGCGCCCCUCGUGGCCGGGCCUGGGAUCGCCUUGCCACCCACCCACCCAAAUGCCACCUGGCGGCGACCCUUUCUUUAUUGCCACCUGCCCUCUUCCGGGGCGGGGGGGGGGACAGGGGGGGGGACGCCGUUUCCUUCGCAGGAGCCAGCCCCAAGUGCCAACUUUUUUUUUCGAAGUCAUAAUAAUAUUAAUAAUAAUGCCUUAAUAAACCACACCCUCUUUGUACAGA